UGGGAAGUCGAAGUGGAUAAACACCUACAUGAACCUGGAGGAAGAUGCGAAGCACGGAGUAGAGAAAGAACAGCAUGAAACAGAAGAGGAGAAGAUGCGGGCCAAGAAGAGGGGGAAGGGAGUCGCGAAGGUGAUCGGAACUAAGGGCAUGGGAGAGGGCUUCAAUCGACUGAUGACUAUGCAGAUACCACUGAAGAUGAAGGACAUCGAACCUCCUCUAAAGACGAAGGCCAUUGAACAAGACAGCACAUUAUCUCCUGGAUACGGGAGUCUUGCUCCUCUAGGCAACCCUUACAACAUUCCUGAUCCUGUGCCGUAUUACGGGAGCCAAGGAUCGCUCGAGAUGCUAGAAGGGAAGAAGAAUGCGUUUAACCCGUAUAACCUAUCUGAUGCUGAUCUUACAGGAGGACUAUAUGGAGGUCAGCCUGGAGCGAUGUUCUCAGAUUUGGGAGACAGUAGCGGAUAUGGUAUGAACGCCUCGAUUUCUUACCCGUGGAUGUAUGCUGACUUUUACAAGGAGCCACCAGUGAUGCGCGGUUUCGAUGCUAGCCAA